AUGAAUGAGAGAGAUAUAGAGGAAGUAAAGAAAGGAAAGUAUAGUCGAAUAGGUGGUGGUGAGGAGGACUCUGACUCUGAGCUGGGACUUUUCUAUAAGCCUCUUCCUUGCUUCGGUUGUGGAAUCGGAUGGUUCUCGUUUCUUCUUGGAUUCGUCUUCCCAUUUGCGUGGUACUUUGCUACGUAUCUCUACUUCACAAACUAUUACCGUAGAGAUCCACGCGAAAGAUCCGGUCUUGCUGCCUCUGCUAUAGCUGCUUUGAUAUUCAGCGUUGCGCUAGUGAUCACCGUGCUUGUUCUUGUUUUCUCUGGUCGCUAG